CGAACAGAAUAAAGAAUUUCUCAACUGAUAUGGGACUUCCUCGUGGUGCUCUGAUUACUAGAUUGGUGAAAAGGAACAAUAUUGAUCUUGCAACUUAUAGGCUUCAAAAGAUAAAAGCUGGAACUACACUGAACAAGGCUUCUUUCGAAAAUAUGCAUUAUGAGCUCAAGAGUAGCAUUUGGACGAAGAAAGGAGAUCAACCGAUGGAACAACGAGGGGAUGAAGAUGAAGGAGAUGUAGACCAGAGCAUGGAAGGGCAAGAGGAAAAAGGACAUAGAAGUCAAAGCUAGAGGCCUUUUCAAGUCACAAUGCAAAGAACUCACCUGGAAACCUUAGAGCUUAAGGUUGAUGAGAUGAGGCAGCUGCACACUGAUUUUUAUGAUUUUCGAAAUGAAAUGAGAGGAUGUAU